CAUGGCUGUUAGGUUGCUUUGUGCCUUCUUGUCCUGUUAAUUGAGGUUCAUUAUUGAAAGUAUUGCUCCUCAGUAGGCUUUAUAACUCGCUGGUUGGUGAUGUCUGAGUCAUCUUCAAUUGAUAUGACCGAAGCUAGCCAUAUCUUGGACCUUCAAAAUGGCAGUAAUUCACUAGAUAGUUCCACAAGAGUAAGUGGACAAACUAGUCAAAUGUUCACUUCUGAAGAUAGUGGUGGGGAAACAGUAAAUCAGUAUAUUCAGUCACCAGUUAUUCCUGUGGUCAAUCCAUAUGGUCCAAUGGUUGUUAUGGUAUCAAACCCUGAUUCAACUGAUCAUCAAACUACUCCCACCACUCCUCCUUCAUCAAGUCCAACACAUGAAACGAAUCUCUUAACUCUCCUUCGUAACCAAUUAGAAUAUUAUUUUAGUAAAGACAAUCUUGCUACUGACAAGUAUUUAUUAUCUCAAAUGGAUAGUGACCAUUUUGUUCCUGUUUCAGUAUUAGCUAAUUUUAAUCAGGUGAAACGACUUAGUACUGAUAUGAAUCUUAUUGUGGAGGCUAUUAAAGAUUCAAGUACUUUGAAGCUUGAUUCAACUGAAACGAAAGUCAAGGCUAUACCAGAAAAGCGUUGUAUAUUAAUACUUAGGGAAAUUCCAAAGGAAACCCCUAAAGAAGAUGUAUUUCGGUUAUUUUCUGGUGCUAACUGUCCAAAGUUUUUAUCUUGUGAUUUUGCUGAAAAUGAUUGUUGGUAUGUGACUUUUUCUGAUGAAGAGGAAGCACAAGAGGCAUACAGGUAUCUUAGAGAAGAAGUGAGAGAUUUUCUUGGCAAGCCAGUUAGAGCAAGAAUAAAGAAUACUACAGUACAACGUGCCACUUCACUUCCAAAGACACGUCCUAAUCCCAGUUAUAAUUAUUCAUCUGUUCAACCGGUACAAUUCUAUCAGCAACCUGUUGUCUGGCCACCAUAUUAUUCUGAACCAUCCUAUACUUCUCCAUAUGUCAAUGGGUUACCAUCACACUCUGGCUUUCCUGGUGGGGUUCCUUCACAACGAUUUGUGUCGUCUACAAAUAAUAGAAGUACUAGUGGGAGUGGUGCCAGCACCAGUUCAAGUACACGGAAGACUCCUAGCAGCAGCAGCAGCAGUAGUACUAAUGUUAAAGGUCGGCACUCAAGCACUAGUGAUGUUAGUGAUAGGAGAAUAGGUAAUGGUGGAGGGAGUUCAUUUUCUCAAGGAGGGGGCAUGCAUGAUUCAAGAUAUCGUCGUGAUGAUGAAAGGGAUCGCACACGGAACUUGCCAAAUAGGUUUAGGAAAAGAAAUGAAGAAAGGACUGGGGGAAAUGAAGACAAGCAAACAGUAGAUAAAGAGAAAUCUGCUGGAAACAAUAGACCAAGAUAUCAAAAUAAAAGCCAACCUAAAUUAGAUUUUGCUCCAGCCAGUUUCCCUCCUUUACCUGGGCAAAGUGAUUCUGGUAUCACGCCUCUUCCUCCUCCUCUCCCUCCUACUUCUCCUGAAGCUAAUUUAGCUGACAUUGUUAAAAGGCGCCAUGGUUCUCUACCCCUUUCUAUUACUGGAUCGUUAGAUGUUAUGGAUAUUAAAACUUCAGUUAGUGCAUUGAAUAUGAAUGAAGGAAAACCAUUGUCACCUAAUGCAACAACGUCAUCUAAACCUGUACCUCCUGCUACUCAAAUUCAUAAAACAGACUCAAAGGCUUCAUCAUCAUUACAGACUGGUGAAAAAGAGACAAGCAAUCCAAGGCACAAUGCACCUCGUAAUAUGCCAUCUAGUCGUAAUCAAGGCACUAGUGGAGGACGAAAUAGACACAGGGAUUCACGGAAAAGCAGCAGUAACACCACACGUAACCCAAAGCAGUUUCCUAAACAAGUCAAUAGCACUAAUACAGCAUCGUCAACUCCAGCCCCUACUUCUACAAAUGAUGAGAGCAGAGAUGAUGACAAGGACGAGCUUAAAUCUGAGAGAAAAAGCUAUGCACAGAUGGCAGGAAAGAAAAUGAAGCCAAGUACUAGCAGUAGUAGUACAAGUGAAAGUGUACCUUUAUUAAAUGUACCAUCAAGCCCGCCACCAGUUUCUCCUAAUGAUGCUAGUAGUGAAUCUGAUUCAUCAUCUCCUGUCUCUCCUCUUCCUGUCCAAACUACUUCCUCCUAAAAUUUGUUCCCUCUUUGUAUUUCUUUUUACUUUUUUCUUUAAGUUUAUAACAUUGUAUCAUAGAGAUCUUCUUGACUAUUUAUUAGUUUUAAAUUAUAUUCUAGCUUUGGAGUGAAUUAUGCAUGAACUUUAUUGUGAUCACAAUAUUUCUGUUAAAAUAAUUAUACAUCAACUCUCAGUGUGUAUGGUUGUGUGUGUUGAAGUUGAAUUAUAUUUAUUAUUGUUCUUUCUUUGGUGUUAAAUCAUCAACCGUUCCCUUAA